AGGAAGUGAGGAGACUGUGAGAGAGACGGCGUCGGCGAGUGAGGCUGUUGCUGUUCGAGAAGUUAGAGAAGGCGAACGUGCAAGCAACAGUUUGGCGAGGAAGACUCUUCUAAUAUGGAGCGAAGAGCUGAAGAAGGCAUCUCAACAGGAGGCCCAGACAAGGUCCAAGCCCUCCAGAGCCAGGUUGAAGGGGUCAAGAACAUCAUGACCCAGAAUGUAGAUCGCAUUUUGGCUCGAGGAGAGAAGCUGGAUGAUCUGAUGAACAAGACAGAGGACCUACAAUCUAGUUCUGAGCACUUCAAGACAACGGCUAAGAAAGUAUCACGAAAAUACUGGUGGAAGAAUGUCAAGAUGAUUGUGCUGAUCUGUGUGAUUGUGGCCAUCAUCCUCACGCUGAUCAUCCUUUUAGCAACCGGUGUCAUCCACAGCUAGAAGCCCAAAGAAUGUUCAGCUUUGGACUCCAUGCCAGCAAUUUGUAUAUCUGAACUCUAACCUCUCUGAAACUGGAGAAGGUCCAUCUCCUGUACUGUGCACUCCAUUUGUAAUCCUGGCUACCUGCUGCUUUCCCAUGUGUCCCAAGUUGGUGGCUCAUUUCACUUCCACACAAAAUGCUUAGCUGUUCUUUACUGUACAUUUAGAGGCCCUGUUUUUAUUCUGUCAUGAAGGUGCAUACUUGUUUGAUAUUCUGCUCCAAUAGGUUUUGGUGGGCAGGAACGUUUUCGUUUUGGUUGAGCUGUGUAUUACAUGGGUGUUGGGCUCACAAGCCUUGAAAUGAAUGCCACCUUAUUUAAAUGGCUCUUGUUCAUAGUGUUAGCUUUUCAUCUGCAGGGUUUGCACAAACUUCAUUUUCAGUUUUAAAUGAUUCUUAAUUUAAAUGAAGCUUGCACUUUUUAUUCUUUUUCUAUCGAUGUCUCUGUAUGUGCCUCUUCCAUUUGAAAUUGUUCCCCUAAUAUUAAAAAAUUUUUGUCCUAUUAAGUGUUUCUUUUAACCAUGAACCAGUGCAUUCAGUACACUGAGACCCUUUUACGUCUAGUGUAGUUAACACUUUCAAAAUGAUAAACGGCAAACGGAAGUUGCAUGACUAAUAUGGGGUGCUGCCAUGGUGUUCAUUUCCUACUGGUGUGAUAGGAGAGGCUUUCACCAAAUAGUCAGUUGGCUUAAUUAGAUAUAGCCAUUUUAACUGUUCUUUUUUUCGAAGAAACUUAACUAAAGCCGUCAUUGGUGUGUUUCCUUUCUUUACUUGUUUGAGUAUGCACAUUUGUCUUAACAAUGCUAUGAUCUGCUGGAGUGUGCAGUGUUUAAUAAUUUGUUUGCUAUACUUUUCCAGGUUUUCAGAGAGGUCCUUUUUCUUGCACAUCCUUAGAUGGUGGUUUGUUGUUUUUUUUUUUUUUCUUCUCUCUUCCUUUCCAGCUUGAGCAGUAGUUGCCAAUAUUAUCCAGGUUUACAAAUGGUCAAAUUCCUUUUUUUUGAUACCGCCAUUCUUUUCAUAACCAUGUAUGUAUAAAUGCACAUCAUGCCUAAAUAUUGUAUGAUGUGAAUAAAAGUGAACAAACUUUUUUCCAGCAUAUGAGCAUUAAGAGCAACCACCAGUCCUUGUGAAAAAAGUUUAAACCAGAUUUGCAGCUUUUUUUUUUUUUUUAAAACUCCAUUUUUGGUAUAUCAAGCAAAUCUGUGUGGGCCAGUUUUUAUAAACACUCUAAAUGAAGGUCAUCUGUAAAUGUAUAUUUAUAUAUGUGUAUUUUUAUGUCAACCCUGUGGCCAUUUUCAAAUGAUGUUUACUGUGGCACUCUGUGUUUGGUACCUGAUUCAGGGGGAUCUUGCACAUGGAUGUUCCCUGCACCGCUAAUUUCUUAUCUUUUGUUAACGCUGAUUUAAAAAUCAAAGUGGGUAAGUCAAUCAAAUGACACUAUAGCUCCCUGCACCAUUCCAUCCAUCUGAAGUUUGUCUUUUGUAUGUGUUGGGAAUGUUGUGCAUUUUUAACCAAUCUUUAUUUAGACAUGUAAAUAAGUCGCUACCUAAAAAUAUAUAUAAGAUGAGAAAAUAUAUUUUGUCUCCAGUUCGCUAACUGCAUAAACUAUUAUAAUACAGACAAAACAAGACUGGUGUCAUCAUAGCAACUGUGGCACAAACAUUUGGCAGCAGAAUUUUUCACUUGUAUGCUUUAGCACUCUUUUUUUGAAAUGUAGAUACUAAUAUACACUUAUUUGUCUAAAAAUGACUGUUCAGUAAAUGUUUGGAAGCUAAUUUCAUUUUUCUGAAAAAUUGUUUUUUUCUUUAAAAUUAAUAUGGAAUUUUUCAGAUAUUGUCAUUACGCUGUCGCUUCCUCCACUAUUUGUCCAGUUGUGGAUUAGACGAAGCACCACACGCUAUUGUAAUCACACUUGGGUAAAGUGCAGGCCUUGUGUCAUGGAAAUGCUACUUAUGACUUUCGUUGCUAAGAUCUUGAUGACCGGUUUGCCAGCGGAGCCGUGAGUUGCCUUGAAGCUGAUAUCCUAUCCUUGUGAUGUUUUGUAUGUUUCCUCUUCCUGUUUUUGAUGGUUUGUUGCUGCAUUUAACACUGGUACACUUAUUUACUGUAGCUCAUUUAAAAUACAAAAGUGAAUAAAAUAAGUUAUAAUGUUG